UAGCCCCAGGCUAACGCAGCACGUCCGGAUGAGUGACGCCCCGGUCUACCGAGGGACCGCUCGCCGGCCUUCGGGCGUCGCUAGUCCGUGACGUGCGUUGUUCGCAGUUUGAGGUCUUGCGGCGCGAAUGAUGCUGAAAAUGAAGCGAGAGAUGAAAACGGGCGACGGAGCGGCCGAAGACGACCCAUUGGACCCGCAGCAGCAGAGACGCGGCCCCGGGGCGGCCCCGCCUGCUCCGGUGUCCGGCGGACUGAGCGAGUCGCCCCGGGCCGAUGUGCGCCCGCCGCCGCUCGACAAGGAGACCGUGUUCGAGUGGUUCGGCCUGCACCUGAACCCCGCCAAGCGGAUCGAGUUCAUGUGCGGGCUGCUGCACAUGUGCCAGCCGCUGGAGCUCCGCUUCCUGGGAUCUUACCUAGAAGACCUGGCGAGGAAAGACUACCACGUUUUAAGAGACGUCGAGUUCCGGGCCAAUAGUCCGGGCGACUUGGGGGCGCUAACGGACGUGGUGGAUCCGGUGGUGCGCUCCAAGCUGCUGGUGUGCCUGUCCCUGCUCGGGUCUGACAGCAGGGAGUGUGCUGGAAUACUCUUUCGGAUCCUGAGCCAUGUGGACCCGGCCGUGUUCUACAACCAGCCGCUGCGUCCCCCGGGUCGGGACGCGAAUGGCCCCGGGAGUCCGGAGCGGACCUGCGGCUUCUCCGCCGACGAAGAGCCGGCCGGACCUCUGGAGCAGCUGGCGCUGCUCUUCGCCAUGGCCUCGCUGCACCCGGCGUUCCACUUCCACCAGCGGGAGAUGGUCCGAGGACAGCUGGACAAGAUCGAGCUCGCUAUCGGGGAGGAGAGCCGCCUGAGUGGCCCCCCCGUGGCCGCCCAUAGACCGGAGCAGCCGGGGCAGAAGGUGGGGGGCCGCGCUGCGUCCCAUCAGCCCUGCCAGAGCCGGCGCUCCAGCCGCUGGGCGGCGCAGAGAGAAGCAGUGCACAUCGAGGGCAUCGUGCUGAAGGGCAUCUCUGGGACCACGGUGGACAAGCAGUACGACUUUGAGGUGAAGUGGUCCGACUCCUCCUGCAGCAGUGUGACCAAAAGUCACCUGGAACUGGAGAACUUCCUGCUGAAGCUUCCUAAGGACAAGUGCAGCGAGUCUUUUGAGAAGGGCAUCCUGAGGCUUCUGAACCUGGGGGGCCACAAUGACAGCAGGCAGGUGGAGACGCAUCUCAGGGAGCAGUUCCUCUCUGCUCCUCCAGUCUUCAGACAGACCAGGAAGGUGUGCAGCUUCUUCAGGGGGGACUCGGGUUGCUCUUCAAACCCCCCUCGGUGCAGAUGUAACUGCCAGCUGGCCAAAGCUCACCAGGGAGGCUGUUCUGAUGCCUCUAGUCAGGAGGAAGAUAUGGAGUCGUACGCUCAGGGACACAAGAAGAAGCUUGGGGCCAAGAGUCCAUGUCAAAGGUCAGUGCAGGGUGUGUACUGCACCUUCCUACCAGGCUGCCCCCCGCAGCAUCCACUCAGUAACGUCCCCCCGCUCUCAACCAGCCUCACUGCUGCCAGGGGCCCCACAGGGGAUAGUCGGAGGGGGGGCCACGCUGCGGACCUUGGUAGGAGGAAGAGCUGUCCACUGAGGAGCAGCCAGGAGGCUGAGCAGCAGCAGGCCGCUGAGGGGAGGAGCCACCCGAGCAGUAAAAGCAAGGGCCGAGCCCCGCCCACAGACAGGGACGAGGUCAAAGGUGCAGCCAGCGGCAGGUUGGCGCUCGCUCAGAGGCGAGAUCCGUUUGGUGAAACAUCGUCAGAAAGCUCCAGCUCCCCAUCGAGCCCCCACCACCCACCUGCAGAGAGCCUGGAGAGUGAGGAGGACCACAACAGAGACACAGACAGCCACUCUGAUGACUCCAGCAGCGCUCUGGGUCCCGACAUGUUCUUCGCCCCCCAGACCAACCCAUCUGUGGGGGGGGUCUCAGUGCACCCGGCCCGCCCAGAGGCCGGCACAGUCCUCCCCCCGGUGUCCGUCAUGCCCUUUCCCCUGUACGGGGCUGCUGACCCCCCACUUCCACUGGCUCCUCCUCCCACUCAAAGCAUCGGACCGGAUGGGAAGCCCUCCCCAGGGACCCCGAUGGUGCAGAUGCCCCCGGUACCUCCAGCUGCCCAAGGCCCUGGGAAGGAUCCUGAGAAGAGGGACAUCCUCCCAACGUCUGGGAUUCCACCUGUUGCCCCCCCAAUUUCAGGAAGUCCUACUAUGCAACCUGUGGUUCAGAGGUUCAAGACGGCUCCAGGGGGCAGUGAUGCAGCCCCCAACCCCUCCCAGCAGGCUCCUGUGAGAGCAAUGGGCCUCCUGCCCCCUGGCCCGACGUCCUUCUCCUCCCCUGUGCACCAGUCUCAGCCCUCCCAGGACCCGGGCCCCCCCCCCCUGCCUCACGGCGAGCCUUUACCUGCCAAGCACCCCAGCUCAACGUUACCAUCCUGCCUGCCUUCUCCCUACACUGCCCCCCCCUCUCACACAGCAGGGGUACCCGCCACCACCGGACACGUGCAAGCAGCUCUGCCUCCAGCUGUGCCGACCCACACUCCCGGCCCGGCCCCCGCCCUCAGCCCGGCCCCCACCCCCGGCCCGGCGCCCACGCGCAGCACGGCCCACGGCGACUGCACGUCCUACAGCAACAGCAGCGCGUCCUGCGGGACUCCUCUUGCCUUCCAGCAAACCCAGCAGCAGCAGCAGCAGCAUUUGCCCCCCCAGCAGCCCACACCCCCCCAGCAGCAGUCAAUGUGCUGUGGGACCUGCGGGUGUCACAACAACUGUGGUGGGGGGCGCGGCGGCAGCAGUGCUCCCCUGUUCUUCUCCCACCAGAUGGCAGCAGCGCGCCAGGUCUUCAGCGUCCCCCCCCCCCUCUUCCAGCUCACCAGCCUGUGCAGCAACAGCUUCCUCACGCAGGCCCCCCACCAGCCCAACGGGGCCGCCGCCCUGCCCCCCUUCUUCCCCACUGCUGCACCGCCCGCACACCCGUCCCCCUACGGCCCCCUCCACAGCCACGCCGACCUGCCGUCCCACGUGCUGGGCCCCCAGGGCGCCAACUACGGCCUGCAGCAGCAGUCUUUCUGCCAGCGCGUCUACCAGCACGUGUACCCCAACCCGCUGGGGAGGCUGGGGGGGGGCGGAGUCAAUAAGAAGAGCGGGAACGUGUCCUGUUAUAACUGUGGGCUGAGUGGCCACUACGCACAAGACUGCAACCAACCCUCCAUCGACUCCACCCAGCAGGGUGGGGCAGCCACGCGGAACCGGGACAAGCAGAGGACGCCGUAGCGCCCUGCGGCCGAUGGAGCCGCCAUGGACCCUAACGGUCCGGCCUGAACACCGCGUGGAGCUCAGCCCCCCCACAGUGUGAGCAUAAAGCGUCGCUUGCUAAGCUACCUGUAAAUGGACACAAGCCUGACCCCGACCUGGGGACAGUCCCCCCAGUUCACUCGCCCUGUGUUUGGACUUGACAAUGAAGAAGAAGAACGGACUAAGAGUAGGUCCUCUGGUCCCCCCCCCGCCCCUCAGGGAAAUAAAUCAGUGGACACAGGAAGAUGUGGUUGUCAUGGAGACGAUUCCCUCUUUUAUUUGACACAAGGAUGUUUGAGUGUCCCCUCAUCUCGUUGCCAUGGAGACUGUUUCCACAUGGAUUGGUCCCUGCAGGAAUGUGACUGUGUGCGUUUCUGCCUCUUUUAUUUAACUUUUGUUUUUAAAACGGUUCUGUGAACAGAUCCCUUCACUCAGCGUCUCCAUGACAACAUGAAUCCUAUGAGUGACUCCACCAGCUGUCUCCUGAUGGCGUUACAUUGUGGGCGGAGCCAGCGGUGGACUACUUCCUGUGUAUAGAUGACUGUUGCACCCCCCCCCAGGCGCGUGACACGUGUUGAGUCACCAGAUGUCUCGUGUGAUGUCACUGUAAUGGUCCCUUUGGUCUGAAGCAUCAAAGGCUUCCUGAAGUCCACACUGCUCACGUCAAAGACCUUUUAAUGCGUUUAAUCCAACGCUUUGGGAUGGUGUGUGUGUGUGUGUGUGUGUGUGUGUGUGUGUGUGUGUGUGUGUG